AUGCGUCGACUUUGGAUCGUUAUUAUCGCAAUAUAUCUGUGUGGCUGGGUGUCCGGUCAGGGCAGUGGGCUUUCUGUGGAAAAAAGACCCGAUGAUGGACAGAUGCAGAUCCAAAGUCGACCUAACAGGAACAAACGCCCUCGCAAACAAUCGACACCCGCUCAGAAUAAGCAGCCUGCGCAACAAAUACCACCUCAACGUGACCCCAAGCCCGUAACUUGGGAUGGCAGGCGUGUUGACUACGUGGGACAAUGCACCAACGCGUAUCUGAAGGAGUUCCAGAUGGCCAACCACCAUCCAUCAGCACCAGUGUUCUGCGCCGACUGCAUACGAUUCAACGGUAGAAUCAAGCGAAAUUCGUGUAUAGAUCUCAACUACUGCCUCGGGUACGACAAGACGCAAGGCGUCUUAAUUCGCCAAUGGGACGGGGGCGCUUUUCGACGUGGUGAUUGUUAUGGGUGCACCUUGAUACCAGAGCCUUUCGACAUGGCGGUCAGAAGACACGAUAUCCAAUGCACGUGUAGAACGAAAACCCCAAAUCCUGUGACGGGGGCAUAUGUAGCCAAGAGCACAUUCCCUAUAGGACAUCUUGUUAAUGAAGAUGGUGAUAUAACUUGCUUCCCGCCCCGCAAAGCUGGUUAUUAG